GCGGGGCCAGUGUUACGACGGGGCUGCAAAUGUCAGCGGUCGAAUCACCGGUCUCCGAUCACGCAUUCAAGCACUCGAAUCACGAGCUCUGCAUGUCCACUGUACUGCACAUACUUUAAAUUUGGCCGUACAAGAUGGAAUGGAACGAAUACUCUGCGUGAGGAACUUUCUCGGAACCAUCAAAGAUCUCAUUAACUUCGUUCGAGAUUCUCCGAAGCGGUUGGCUGUUUUUACAAAACUACAGUCAUCUGAUACGCCUAAUUUGUCAGCAUUUUGUCCAACAAGGUGGUGCGUACGGGUGAAAUCGCUCAGGGGAGUUCGUGAGAAUUACGCGGUAAUCAUGGAGUUCCUUGAUGGUUUGAGUACCGAUCCCACUACUGACAAAAGUGUAUCUGCUAAAGUCAAUGGAUUCUUACGACUAAUGGAAACCUUUGAGUUUUUCUUUCUUCUGAUGUUAUUAAUCGAGAUAUUCGAGCCGAUUGAAAUCCUCAAUACUGAACUACAGCGUUCUGAUCUUUGUUUUAAUGAGUCUCAUCAGAAAGUGGAUACUGUCAAAGAAAUUUUUGAUGCCUCCCGCGAGUCUAAGUUUUCAUUGAUUUGGGACAAAUCGAUUAACGGCAUUAAUUCACUAGACAUUGAAGGGCCAAAGAUUCCACGACUUCGACAAAUCCCCAAACGUUUAGACAGUGGCCGUGAGGGACACAUUUUUAGUACUCCCGAAGCGUACUAUAAGAAGAUUUAUUAUGAAGUCUUCGAUCAAGUAUCGAUCUCAUUGAAUACUAGAUUUGUAUCCGAAACGAUGCAUUUCUUGGAUCAAUGUGAAGGGUUUAUACUUGGCAAGAUUAACGUCAACGUAGAUGACAUUGUACAGGUGUACAAUGCGAAAAUGCCUGAACAGGAAUUCACUCCUGAUUUCGAUGCAGAUGUACUGCAGCUACAUCGUGAUAGUUUCAUCGAUAUUAUUCGUCGGCAGUAAGUGAAAAUUGAGUCCUUUAUAGAGGUAGUCGAAUUCAUGAAGAAGAAUAAGGCAGUUGCAGAUAUCCUUCCAGAACUGACGAAAUUGAUCAAAAUUCUUCUGACUGUACCUGCAUCGACAUGUACCAACGAACGUUCUUUUUCAAUGCUGAGACGAUUAAAAACCUACUUACGUUCCACAAUGCUUCAAUCUAGAUUGAAUCAUGUUGCGAUAUUACAUGCUUAUCGGGAUGUAGCUUCAGCGUUAGAUCUCGAUAAAUUGAUGGAUGAAUUCAUCUCGCGAACCGA